AUGAUAGACAAAGAAACGAAGCGGAAGCAGCGCAAACUUGGAGAGAAGUUGCUCAAGAGAAAAAGCGCCAGCAAAACUUGGAGAGAACACAAACAAGCUACAGCAGAAAAACGAGAGAAGGCCUUGUUGAUUGCAAACCAAGAGCUUAAGCAACUUCAGGAGUCUGUCGCUGAUGAUACAUCGUCGCAUAAAAAAGCCGGGAACUACUCCAUCUCUAUAGCGGUACCCGGAUCUUUUCUCAACAAUGGUCAGAGUGCUGAGCUUAGAACUUACAUGGCUGGACAGAUCGCACGUGCAGCUACUCUUUUCUGUGUGGACUAUGUGAUUGUCUACGACGAAACCAGCAAGAUGACACAAGAACAUGUGGCUGCGUAUUGGUCCGGAAAGUGGAGAGGUGAUAUAGCCCCGUCAGAUUCAAACUUCGAAUCGUGCUUCCAUUUGGCUCGAAUACUUGAAUAUGUAGAAUGUCCACAGUAUCUGAGGAAGUACUUGUUCCCUUUCCAGAAGCCACUAAAGUACGCAGGUCUUCUGAAUCCACUUGAUGCUCAUCAUCAUUUGCGAAGUGAUGAUGUAUCCAUACCAUUCAGGGAAGGUGUAAUUCUUGAUAAGCCAGUCAAAGCAGACAGGGGAAUGUUGUGCGACGUUGGACUUGAAAAGGAACUCGAACUAGAAGAUAAAGUUAAGUUGCCCGCUGCUACUCGAGUUACAGUCGAAAUAACUAACUUGGGAACAGAAUCAAAACGAUAUCGAGGAAAGCUAUCAAAUGCGCGAACUGUUCGGGCGAAAACGAGCAAGUAUUGGGGCUACUCGCUGCAGUUAGCGACCAAUUUGAAAGAAGCUAUUGACAGAAAAAAAUUCGAUCUAGUGAUUGGAACAUCACCAAGAGGUGAGCCUGUCAGCAGCAUGUACGUGAAUACCUUGAGUGACAUACGUAUCCUGCUUGUUUUUGGCGGUGUUUCCGGAGUGGAUGCUGCACUGGAAGCCGAAGAAGCUUCAGCUGAGACACGUGCCGAGGAAGCGUUUGAUCGAUUGAUCAACUCUCUUCCAUACAAAGGAACCAAUAGCGAACGUGUAGAAGAAAACGUUUUUAUAACCCUGUUUGAUAUGUUGUUUACUUUCUCAAAGUUGCUUUAUGAAGUCGUACACUCCGGGGCCGUAAAGAGAAGCAUAGCGUUGAGCGGUCUUCGUGGAUGUAGCACGUUCACUUGUCGUACCGUUGCCCAAUUACGAAUAACUCAGAAAGUAUUCAUCUCUCAAACUACUCCAUCGACACCCAUUACUACAAAGAUUGUCAAAAAGAAACGGGGAUGGGCGAAAUGGUUGACGGUGAGCACAAUAGUGAUCGGCAGCAUCUCAUAUAUGGGAUAUUUGGUGACACCGGAUUGGCGUGAAAUUGUGGACAGCAAACACUAUUAUUCUAACUGGAAGAUACGAACGUACUUGUCAUUACCGUUCAAUGCGGCCUCUCGUCUUGUAGGUGGAAUAGCAAAUCGAGAGAUUCCAGUGUGGUUAAGAGAACCAAUAUUGGGAUUUUUCGCUCGGAUGUAUGAUUGCCGAAUGGACGAAGCUGUUCAGUCAGAUUUUAGGGCUUACCGAUCUUUCGCCGCCUUCUUCAAUCGGCAGCUCAAGAAAGAAGUUCGACCGAUAAGUGCCAGCUCUUUGGUCUCUCCAGCCGACGGUGUAGUACUCCACUAUGGUAAAGUUGAGGAUGGAAAAAUAGAAUACGUUAAGGGGCACGACUAUGAGGUGGCUUCAUUCUUAGGAGAUGUAGAAAUGACGCAAAAGGAUGAGCUUGACCUUUAUCAAGUUGUGAUCUACCUUGCGCCCGGGAACUACCACGCUUUCCAUUCUCCUACACGAUGGGUCGCGAAGAUGUGCCGCCAUGUUCCAGGUCUGCUGCUGUCAGUCCGUCCGUCUCUACUUAGUCACGUACCCCAUUUGUUUUGUCUUAAUGAACGAGUAGUCCUGAACGGAAAUUGGAAACACGGAUUCUUUUCGUUGUCGGCUGUUGCAGCUACAAAUGUUGGCGACAUCGUAAUCGAUGCUGAACCAUCACUACGAACUAAUUUGGUACGAAGAAAGAAGGAUAAGAUGUUGCAUACCGAAGUGGAUAUGCAUAGCGCUUACCUUCCUGGCGAUCGAGUUGGUGAAUUCAGACUCGGUUCGACCGUAGUGCUGGUGUUCCAAGCCCCGCCCACAAUUCGAUUCGCGAUCAAAGCCGGUGAUCCUCUACGCUAUGGACAAAGCCUUGUAGUUGACGGAGUUUAG